AUGAACUCCUACCUCGACUACCCAAUCUGCACCCGCGGGCCGAACCUUUUCAACCUCAACCACGAUGCGUGCGCCACCGCGGACCGCUACGGUCAGGAGGGCCGCUUGGUCGCGCCGCGCCACAACCACCAGAACCUUCCCUUGCACCACCACCACCACCACCACCACCAGACGCACGUCGACCUGGACCUGCAGUACGCACCGCCCGCAAACUCGGUGUACGGGACCCACGUGGAGUACGAACACCACCAGUACGGCCUGUCCUCGGAGCAGGACCGGGGCUACAUGCACGCGCACGCGCACGUCUCGCCUUUUACCGGGGACAGCUGCAGCGGCCCCGCCGGCGCACAGUACGCGCAUUACGGUGGCGCGGAGCAGAGGCAAGCGGAGUGUCCUCCAGAGACUCUUUACACGUGCGCCGCGACCCACGACGAGGACGUGGAUCACGUGGAGGAAACUUCCAGAACUUUCGACUGGAUGAAAGUGAAGAGGAAUCCUCCCAAAACAGCGGUUCUGUCCGAGUUCGGCGUCCCCGGCCAGCACAACGUGAUCCGCACCAACUUCACCACCAAGCAGCUGACCGAGCUGGAGAAGGAGUUCCAUUUCAACAAGUACCUGACGCGGGCGCGCAGGGUGGAGGUGGCCGCCAGCCUGGAGCUCAACGAGACGCAGGUGAAGAUCUGGUUCCAGAACCGGCGCAUGAAGCAGAAGAAGCGCGACAAGCUGGGCUGCGCGCUGGGCUGCAGCGGGCCGGCGGAGAAGCUCUCGGGCCCUGACGCCCCCCCCCAAGGACAGGCGGGCUCUCCAUCUGGAGGUGUCAGAGUCGGCACGGCGGCCGACGCCUCGGAGACAGAUGCUCUAAUGGAUGUGCGAGCCCGAAGGCCCGGCCUCUCGGAUCCCCCCGGCGGCCGCAUCCUUUCUCCGCCCCGUCAGUGCGGAUCCGAGCGUCGAGCCGGCAAGCAAAACAAGACUAGCAACGAGGCGGCGCGGCCAAGCAGCAGCGUGCAACGUUGGUCCGUGGAGUACACAGAGAAUCCCAGUUUAUCGUGA